AUGAACACUCCAAACAUUGUUAGCGUUCAAAUUUCUAUAGAUAUUUCACUGGAAUUAUCAGUGUUCAAGACACAAAAUACUUUGAGACUGGAGCUUUUAUUGGCAGAUAUAGCGGUAACGUAUUCAACUAUUGUCAUUAAAGAAAAAUGUAUGACUAAAUGCGAUCAAACGAGAAGUAGUGAAGGACUUUUAGAGGAUGAUCAAAGUGUCGCUGGUACCUGUAUCGAUCGUCAUAAUUUGAAACGAAGUGAGCAUUGCGUACAGGAAUCGGAAUUAGAUCAAAGUCUGAACGACCAAGCUCAACAAUUGACAGCUGAUGAUGAACUCCACCUGAUUAUGAUCUUAGUCCAAUGCGGACUGUAUAUUUCAAAAAAAAGCGAUCAAAAUCUCGAUGGUAUCAUUUGUAGUGAUCCAGAUUCAUAUGAAGGACAAUCUUUAUGCGACUUUUGGGGCAAGUUUAUGCUUUCUGAUUAUUAUAUUUUAUGUACCUCUUUCAUAGGUGGUGAAUGUGGCCAGUGUGUAAGCUUUAUCAAAAUAUGUACGGGUGAUAGAAGACAGACAAAGGAAUGGAAGAAAGGACAAAAAGUUCGAGGAGCUGACAUUGCUUAUGGUACAGCUAUAGCCACGUUUCCGAAUGGUAAAUAUUAUGGUCAUGCUGCUAUUUAUCUUGGACAGAAUCAGGCUGGAAUUCAAGUUUACGAUCAGUGGAGGAAGCAUCCUGUUAGUCGUCGAACAAUUCGUUGGAAUGGUUCUGGUAUUUCGAACAAUGGUAAUUCAUUUUAUGUCGUCGAUUGA